AUGUCAGUCACUCCAAGUUCAGACCAGAAGGAUCCAACCAGGAUUUCCUUGAAAUACAAUGUAGUGAAUAUCCAGCCUGUUUAUAUUAAACUCUAAAUGGGUUCAAAAGGCAACGGAGAUAUAAUAAUAAAUCAGCUCUCGAGAUCGUCCGUGACCUUAGAAAGAUAAAAAAUCAGUACUCAAGCUUAAAGAAAAAAGAAUAUAUCUUCUCAAACUCUUUGAUUCAGAAAGAGUCUAUUAAGAAACUGAAGGACCUUUUCGAAAAGUCAACUAUUGAGAUUACUAGCAGUAAGAGAAGUAAAGCCAUUAGAAGCAAGCAUGGAGGUAUUUAAACUUCAGGAGAAUCAAUUCAGAAAAACUUCAAGUAAGAGGAGAGGGGGGAAGAAGAUAAAUUUGAAAAAGCACCAUCAGUCGAAUGUAAAUUCUUCGAAUAAUGUCAGAAUAGAUGAUGAUCCAUUCGACAAUGUUAAUAUACAACCAAUCACCUCUAUCAGCUUUUUGAACUCUAAGUAAAACUACUGAGAGAGGCCGAGAUUUGAAGGCUAGAAUCAAAGAGAAUAGCAAAUAAACUGUCUAAAAGAAUCGCCCUUAGGAGGUUUAGUAAGAAAGCGAAGAGAUCUGAUAAAAGAAAAUAACCCUUAUUUUCAUAAGAACUUCUCAAACCAAAAUCUUGAUGACUGCCUUCUUUCAGAGAAGGCAGAUCAGCAGUCUAGCCUUGGUACUCUAGAACCCAGAAGGCCUAUCUCUGCGGUCCCUUUUAGUGGCAUGCUCAAGAAUCGGAAAUAUUGACCUAUCAAUAGUGUUCAGAUACGGUAUGAUGAGAAGGUAGAUGCAAUGAGGACUACAAAAAUCAAGAGGAUUUAUAAGAAAAUUACACCAAAACAUUCCAAUAAUCCUUUGAACAGCAAGAACUUGCCUAGUAAUUUUUACGAUAGUCCCAAGAGCAGAUCUGGGUAUAAUUUCUCAGUGUACAGCUUCAGUCUACCAAAGCGGAAGCCUAAGGAGAAUGUAUUUAAUCAAAGAGGACAUUCUAUUCAAGCAUAAAGUGCUUAAUCAGAAGCCAAUUUCAACAAGAUUUCCCAAAAUGG